AUGAAUAGAUUCGAGUAUGCUGAUUCUCGCUUUAUGCCAAACGAAAUUUAUGUGAGAUGCGAUAUGGUUGUGCGUCUCUAUGAUGGUGAUACAAAGACAAAUUUUGAAAAUGGGGAAUUAAUUCUAACUAGUCACAGAAUACUUUGGAGUAGACCUGGUGAUGUACAACGAGGUAAUACCUGUUUGUCAUUGUCACUUAGACAUAUCAUUUUCUUCGAAGAAGAAAAUCCUAGACCAUUUUCCUUUGGGCGUAGUAAAAAGAUUGUGUUGCAUCUCUCUGAACCUGCUAUUGAUAAGAUGCCUGGUCCAGCGGAUAAUAGUUUGUAUAAUUAUGUUAAAUUAUCAUUUAAAGAAGGUCUAAACCCAAAUUUUAUAAUACAAUUGUCUGAUACAAUUAUGAGACGGACAUGGGAGUUUACACCUGAAGCUGAAUUAAUUGUAUCCAAUGUGAAUGAUAAUCAGAAAAAUACAAAACUAUUACCUCAUAUAAAAACGCGAACGGGUAUUAUAGGCAUUGAGAGAAGCCUACAAGAAAAGCAGAAAGAAACUGACGAAAAUAUAUCAUUGGCAUUUCAAGAUCUUACAAAACUUAUGGAUAUGGCUAAAGACAUGGUGGCUAUCUCAAAGACCAUUUCAGUUAAAAUAAGGGCAAGACAAGGAGAUAUAACCGAGGAUGAAACUGUCAGGUUUAAGGCUUACUUAAUGAGUUUAGGAAUCGACGAUCCAGUAACAAGAGAUGCGUACAAGAGUAGCAAUGAGUACUUUAAACAAUUAGCAAAACAACUUGCAUGUAUUUUGGAAGAGCCAAUAAAGGAAGUAGGUGGCAUGAUGACACUCACAGAUGUUUAUUGUCGUGUAAACAGAGCGAGAGGUUUGGAACUUUUAUCUCCUGAAGAUUUAUUACAUGCCAGUAGACAAUUGGCGCCUUUAGGUUUACCGAUUGUGUUAAGAAGUUUUGAUAGCGGUGUUAUGGUUCUUCAAAUUUGUUCUCACAAUGAUAAUGCUGUCGUUGAUCGUAUAACAGAAUUGUUAAAAGAAAAAAAAUUUAUGACGGCCGAGGAUCUUGCACAAUCAGAAGGAAUAUCAAUGUUAUUAGCACGUGAACGAUUGCUGGUUACGGAGAAGUAUGGCAAAGCCUGUAGGGACGAUUCGAUAGAAGCUCUGAGAUUCUAUCCCAAUCUAUUUUUAGAAGAAAUAUCUAGUGAAUAAUUUGAAGUUAUUACAAAUACAGGCUAGUCCCCUUAUAGUAUAGUGUAUUUUAAUCAAUACAAUCAAUUUUCUUUGAAAUUAUUAAUAGUACAAAAAAAUAUUUCAUUGUCAGAUGAAAGUGGAACGAGGAAUGUAUUUUGAUUACGUUAUUUUUUUUUCUAGACAAAAAGAUA